AUGGCGACCGGGCCCCCGGCGCUCCGCGCUGAGAUUUCAAUCGAGACUGCCCGCAUCGCAACCAAAGCGCCCCUGACCAAGCAGAACCUGCGAGAUCUCGUCCCACUGCCGCGUGGCAUGACGCUUGCCACGGUGGCCUUCGUGGCAAAGAGCAGAGGCGCGGCAACUUGCCGCGCGUUCUUGCCCUUAGCGUGGCCGUUCGCGAUGUUCUUUGAGGACGUGUUUACCGACCUUGAGGCGUAUGACGUCAUUCCAGAACGCGCGCUCAUUGGUGCAGGCUACCUGGGAGCAACCGAGGGCCUCUCGGAAUUUCUCGCGAAAUUGUGCGAGGUCUUCAACGGCGAAGCGUGUUCUUUGGCAAUCACUAUAACCGCCUUCAGCAGCCCGUAUCAGCUGAAUGAGACACGACUGCCAGUGUAUAUUGGCCACUAUCCCGUUGGAACGACGAUACAGAACUUCAGGCAUUAUUACCAGAUGUACCGAGCCAAAGACUUCGUCAUGUACGAUCACGGUGCAAAGGAGAACCGAAAGCGUUACGGUCAAGCAGAAGCCCCGGCCUAUCCGCUGGAACGCAUCACAACUCCAUGGGCGAUCUUCUCGUCAGAGGGCGACCACGUAGCCGACCCACGGGACGUCGCAGACCUUGUUGCCAGACUCGGACCGAGGGUUAUCCUGCAUCGGGUGGUUCCACAGAAAACCUUGCGGCACGUAGACUUUUCAAUCGGAUACAGAACCACCGACUUCCUGCACAACGUCGCCAUCGACGUUAUCAAGCAGCAAACUGACGAGAGCGCGUGA